AUGAAAAAAAUAAGAAUGGAUAAUUUUCUUGGCCCAUGGGCCUGGUACGAGGUUUACUUGGACAACGAGAGGCAAGGCCCACCGAUGCGUUGCCUCUGGCCUCUGCGGGCCUUUCCGCACUUCAGUCUUCAGCCGAACUGCUUUCUGCUCGCAAACGGCGAAACAAUGCAAGGCGAGGAAGACGGCGGAUUCGUGGGCGCGCGGCUGGACGCCGGCCUCCGCGUCGCCUGCUUCUUGUCGCCGCCGUCUUCGGAGGAGUUCGCAGCCGCCGUCGAGCCCAAGAACGUCCCCGCCGUAUUCCGCGGCGUGCUUAAGGGGUCAGCGGCCUCCUCUCGGUGGGAUCCUCUCAACGGCGGCCUCGACUACUUGCUGGAGAAGGUGGGACCUGAUGUUCCCGUGGAAGCCAUGAUGUCCAGCACUGGGCACGUGUUCUAUGGGGAUCUCAGAAGCCAUGAGAGGGUGGCUAUCCCAUUCUCUACAUUCAUUCACUCGUGCAAAUCUUACCUCGAGCAUCUAAAGGCUGCUAGUGACUCUUCCAAAGAUAAGGGUAUUGUGAAGGAUCCAACUUGUUCAGAGGAAAUGUGUUCAGCCAACUCACAGGAUUCUCAGCAACUCUAUUUAGCACAGGUAUCAGUUAUGAACACUGAAAACAAAGAGAGAUGCCCAUUAGAAGUUUUAAAAGAGGAUAUUCAGGAGCCUCUAUUUCUGAAAGGAAAGUCUAUUUCGUCAAUAAACUUUUGGAUGAGUAGAGCUCACAUGAGAUCAAGUACCCAUUAUGAUCCCCACCAUAAUCUUCUCUGCGUGGUUGCUGGAUGCAAAAAAGUUACUUUGUGGUCUCCUUCAGCAUCACCUUUUUUGUAUCCAAUGCCUGUAUAUGGAGAGGCCUCCAACCAUAGUUGUGUCAGCAUCGAGGAACCAGACUAUUCAAGCUACACAAGAGCAAAUUACAUGAAGGAAUAUUCUGAAAGAGUCAUCCUAAGUUGUGGUGAUGCUCUUUUCAUACCUGAAGGAUGGUACCACCAAGUUGACAGUGAUGAUUUGACCAUAGCAAUUAACUUUUGGUGGAGGUCAAAAAUAAUGACUGAAAUGUUAGAACAUAUGGAUGCUUACUAUCUGCGCCGAAUCCUGAGGAGAUUGGUGGAUAAGGAGAUGAACAAAGUAGUGCAAAAGGGUUCCUUUAGGCAUUCAAAAGGCAGCGCUAAUUUUCAGCCUACAGAUGAAGAAUCGAGAGCAGGCUCCCAGCAAUUCAAUUUGCUCAACCAGGUUAACAAUUCUGGUACAUCCGAGAAGAAAGAUUCACCAUUGCAAUCUUUGGAACCCUGCACUCUCCAAGCGCUUUAUGAACUCAUGUCAUUGGUUCAUGACAGUAUUGAAGCGGUUGGCCAAAAUGACAUAGCAGAAUCCACAUCGCAGGAUGCAUUUUCCAUCCAAGACAAUGAAAGAAACAAGACUGCAAAAGAUGAUUCAUCUCUCUUGGAGAAAGAUCCUGUUGCAAAAAUCAUUUUGCCAGUUGAACCACUUGAAUUGCGGAGUAUGCUACUAGCAAUGGCGCAUACUUUCCCACGGACAUUAGAAGCUUUAAUCCUCAACAUACUUGGACCAACAGGAGCAGAGAUGCUGACUAGGAAGUUUGAUGAGAUGGAUCAACGAACCACGAGAGAAGAACAGACUGAGUUCUACAAGAUAUUCUACAGUGCGUUCGAUGAUCACUAUGCUGCAAUGGAUGCACUUCUCAAUAGGAAGGAGUCAUUUUCUUUUCAGGUAUUCCAGAAUGUGCUGGACCAAUAUCUGAGGGUGCAUGUUGUCCGGCCGAGCUAAUGUGCUACGGACGUGUAUAUGGACCAUGCGUCAUGGAGCUGGUACGCAGCGUGUAGUAGUAGUGCCUGGCGUUGUAUUCGAAAUUCUCUUGCUCUGGUUCGUUGGGUGGUCAAAGCUUGAUGUUCAGAACUUGCAGUUUCGAAUGGGAUCUGAGGAUUCAUUGAGCUUCCAACACAACGCGAGUAUUUUGUCAAUCA